UUACCAAGUUCCAAAUACAAGCAACAGUUGCAUCACAUUACAGGAGUGGAAUCACUGUUGAAUAUCAGUGAAGGGUAAUGAGAUAGAUAAAAGUUUUCUAAAAGAGAAAGCACCAGAACUAGCAGCAAGGUGGGGUUGGUCAGCCCUUCAUUUGAAUGUAAAUGUAAUUAUGAGGCUGGCAGUUUGGCUGACGUCAGACAAGAUCUUGUAAACCAUUACCACCAGCACCUGGUAACACAGUUGAUAAUAAAAGAGGAUGAAGUAGAAGAUUCCAAGAAGUUUGGCAUUACUAGCAAAAAUCAAGCUAUUAUUUUUAAGUAGCAAAAGAAAAUACAGAAGAGCAAGAUGUUGUGACAACGUAUUUACAUUCUGCAAGCAUGUACGUGAGCUCUCUCCUGGAUAAAGAGACCAGCAUGUAUCCAGGACCUGCAAGGUGCAGCAACAACAACCUGCCAGUGCAGAACUUUGUGCCCGCUCCCCCCUACUCAGACUACAUGGGGUACCACCACGUGCCAGCUCCAGACAGCCACGGACAGCCCGCGGGAGCCUGGGGACCCCACUACGGCCCCCAGAGGGAGGACUGGAACGCUUACGGCCCGUGCCCGGGGCCCUCCGGCACGGCUGCUGCCGCGCAGCUCAGCGGCUCGUCUCCUGGGCAGGGCUCCUACAGUCCAGCUGAGUACAGCUCCCUCCAUCCCGCUGCACCCGGGGGGUUACCUCCUGCAGGUACCGUUGGCACACAGCAGGUCUCCCCCACCAGCCAAAGGCACAGCUCUUACGAAUGGAUGAGGAAAACGGUGCAAGCCAACACUACUGGUAAAACAAGAACAAAAGAGAAGUACCGAGUUGUUUACACAGACCAUCAGAGACUAGAAUUAGAGAAGGAAUUUCACUGCAACAGAUACAUUACAAUAAGGAGAAAGUCAGAACUUGCAGCAAACCUUGGACUAUCUGAAAGACAGGUAAAAAUCUGGUUCCAGAAUCGCCGAGCCAAAGAAAGAAAAAUAAUCAAGAAGAAAAUCUCUCAGUUUGAUGGCAGUGGGGGCUCAGUUCAGAGUGACUCCGGUUCGCUCAGCCCAAAUGAAAUAACAAGUUCCCUGUUCCCACCACCACACGGAAUAAAUGUAUUACAGUCUACUGACAUCCAUCAGGUCAUAGUUUCAGAGUGAACAGUGAGGGAAAAAGAAAAAAAGGAAGUUUUGUUGUUUUUUUUGUUUUUGUUUUUUUUAACUCCCUCUCUUGAAAACUCAGCUUUGCAAAGGACCAUUCUUGUUUAACUACCUUCAGAAUACUCAUUUGUAUGUAGAGGACUUGGGACUGUUAUCAAAUAUUUCAAUUAAAGAAAUCUCAGGGAGCUCAUGCUGCUGCUAUUACUCAUCACUCAAAAUCUUUGGAAUAGGAGAUAAUUUACUUCAGCUACCAAAGCAGAAAAAGAUACUACUGGAGAUUCAAGUAAACAUAACUCUAGUCUGCUCGUGUAUACAAAGAAAAUUGUCAGUGAAUUGAUUAUAGAGUAAUAUAGCAUAAAAUGUUAAGAUGCUGGAUGUAUUUACUUUGUUACAUUUUAUAUAAUUAAACAGUAGAUUUUAUAAAUAUUCACACUUAACGUGUACUGAAAAUUAAGUCAUUUUUUGAAAACAACUUUUUAAAUACUUAAACACUCAAGAAACAUAAUGUUACACUCAGUGACACAUUGCACCCAACAACAUAAAAUGAGAAGUCUUUGUUCUCUAUGAAGUUCUACCCAAGCAUCUCCUAAACAACAGAUAUAUAAUAUCACACCAACCUGCUAAAAUUGGUUCAGUUGUAAGAAAUGCAACAAACUGUGAUGCACAUUAGUAAAUUCCAAAUAGUUUGGAAGAUGUAAAUAUUACUUGUACUUCCACCUUCUUUGAACGCAUAUCAUUGAAAAAUUAAAGGACAAAUGUAAUGGAAAUAGAAUUGUUAUUACUUUCACACUACCAAAAAACAAAUUAAGAAUUUGAUUAAUUUCUCUAUAGCUUUCUCAAACAGCAGAUGUGAGCCACCAAUUUUAUAUGUGACACUUAAUUCAGGUUAAAAGGCAAGAAAUACCCUCAGGUAGCAGACUUUGUAUUUCAAAGCUGUUAUUGAGCAGCUUAGCAUUCACUGUCACAGCAAGCAUGUACCAAAAGUGCACUCCUGAAGGAGCACAAAUCUGGGACAAACAUGCUCACAGAGCAGUUAGCUUUUAUUAUUGGUCCACACUGUCAGAGGAGACAGCAUCAGUAUGUAGAAGGCAACUGAUGAAGACUUAAAGUAGCAAGAAAACACAAAGUGCUAGAGAAAUCUAGACCUUUCAGUAGUCCUACUUAUGGGUCUUUCAGUAGUUCUACUUACGGGCCUUUCCUAAUAUAAACUUCUCUGCUGCACAGAAUUAAGUGCUCUAUAGAAAACCCUUAAUCUCAUU